UUGCGGAAACGCAAGGGCCUAAACACGUUUCAGUUACGUUGCAGCGGUGCAAUCGAACCUCAAUGGAUGGUCUUCUUGCCGGGUAUCUACUGGGGGACGUUAUCACGCGAGCGACAGAAAUCAUGGAUUAUCCAGUGUUGCAAUACUUGUGUGGAUUACAUGGUGUUGGUCUUACCGUAAGCCCCUUGCAUGAUCAUAUUCAGGGGAUUGUACACUAUCAAAAUCAUCCUCUCCCAAAUUUUCUGCACCGAUGCUUAAAUGUGGCAAUUGCUACCGAAGCACCCCUCCUCUACCACCACGGCUCAUCUCCACUGUUUGAGGAAUACGGAACAGCAAUGAAAAUAUGCGGCCUGAGUUUUCUUGAUCUUACGGAAUUGGCUCGAAAUAGCGUGAUGAUAUCCUCUUUUCCGCUGGAGACCAAGAAGGAAUGGCUAGGGGAAAACUUUAACCGGGGAGUUGAGGGAAAUGCAUUUGAAUUGAGUCAAGUGACAAACGUGCGCCUUGCAUUCCGUGAGGAGUCAUGGGACUUGGAACGUGGCAUGCUGAAGGAUUUAUAUAUCAACCGAAGUCUCCCACGCGAAGCGAUAGGGUCGAGUCGUUGGCAUUACAUUAGUAAUGUGAAGGAGGUGGAAUAUCACACUGUGCUGGAUACGCGAGUUCGUUUUCCUCGCACAGUCCUGAAUGGCCCCCACAAGGAAGUAAAGUGGGCUGUCAGUGCCGCACGAGGCAUCGCUCGGGCAAUGGAUCUGCGCUUCAAGUACAUUUGGGAACCUCCAAAUCCGUGGGAGGUGACACAACAGCGCUCCGUGGAGGCCGAUUUUCAACGAAAAACCGACAGUUUCAACGAGGACGACUGGACGUAUGCCGCAAAUGACGCCGUCUUUAUUUCCUUCCCCAAAAAUGUCGUCCAUGCAUGGCCUCGACAGCUUCCAACGGUGGAGAAAUUCCGCAACGAUUUAAAGGAGCUACAAGACAUUUGUGCAUCCUCGGAUGUGAAGGACUUUUCACAAAAACGACUUGAAAAUUUGGAACAUCGGUUUCGUCUUCAUCUUGCCCUGAACCACGCCAACGAGGCGGGAACGACGGAGGAUCGUGUUUCUUCAAACCGCGAUAUUUAUCAGGCGGUGAAGGUUGACACACACAUUCACAUGGCGGCCGGUAUGACCGGACGACAGCUUUUGAGUUUCGUUGUGAAGAAGCUCAUGUAUAGUGGGGACGAUAUUGCCACGAAGAGGGGGGAUUUGAUUCACACCCUUGGUCACUUCUUUAAGAAGAAUGGCAUCACCAAGAACCUGACCGUGGAUCAGUUGAACGUGCAGGCAGACCACACCUUAUUUGAGCGCUUUGACAAUUUCAACAAUAAAUACAAUCCAAUGGAGAACCCGGAGCUUCGCUCAUUACUUCUGAAAACGGAUAAUUUCAUGAAGGGACGAUACUUUGCGGAGCUGAUUCAAGAUGUGUUUGCGCAGUACUCAAGGGAUCGCCACACAUAUGCUGAAAACCGUGUUUCCAUUUACGGUAUUAACAUCAGGGAAUGGGACAAUCUUGCACUCUGGUUUUCCACGCAUGGGAUGUCGUCUAAACAUAACAAGUGGGUCAUUCAAGUACCGCGUGUGUACAAGGUUUUUCGUGCACAGAAUUUGAUUGGGAGUUUUGGACAAUAUUUACAAAACAUAUUUCAGCCACUCUGGGAAGCCUCACUGCAUCCUUCCGAGCAUCCUUUGAUACAUCACUUUUUAAACCACAUGAGUGGGUUUGAUUCUGUCGACAAUGAAGCAACACUUGAUUUGCCAUUUUUACCAGUGUCACCAUGGGCAUGGACAUCCGUAGAGAAUCCUCCAUAUAAUUAUUAUUUGUACUACUUGUAUGCCAACAUCCGUACACUUAACGAAUUUCGGGCAUCACGAGGAUUUUCAACAUUUGCGUUGCGUCCUCAUUGUGGCGAGUCAGGGUCGGCAGAGCAUCUUUAUGGCGCUUUCCUCUGUGCAAACAGUAUUUGCCACGGCAUCAACCUUCGGGAUGACUUUCCAAUGCAAUAUUUGUUUUAUCUUUCGCAAAUUGGCUUGCACGUAUCACCACUGAGCAACAAUGCUCUCUUUCUACGUUUCUUGAAGAACCCGUUUCCGGAAUUUUUUCGCCGCGGUUUAAACGUCUCACUUAGCACAGACGAUCCAUUGAUGUUUCACCAGACACAGGAACCCCUUAUUGAGGAGUAUAGUAUUGCAGCACGCGUGUGGGGCCUUUCUCCCAAUGAUCUCUGUGAGAUUGCACGUAACUCGGUAUUGCAGUCUGGAUUUGACUACGUGUUCAAGCGAGAUGCCAUUGGAGAUCAAUGGUACAUGAGCUCCUCCCUUGGAAACGAUUCUUUGCGAACUCAUCUCUCUGAUAUCCGUGUCGCCUUUCGGUUUGAGACAUACCACACAGAGAUGGAUAUUCUUGAAUUGUGUUCUGGGCGUCCCAUCAAGCGUUGCAUGCUCACAACGAAUCAAGAAGAGGAAAUCAAUGAGAAAAAUUUUGACGUUGAACCUGAGAAAGUCAUUCUGUCAACGCACGAUCAGGCAAUAGAAAUCAUGCUCCGCGAAGUUGAAACAGGGCGGGAACAACUGCGUGUCUCGCGGGUAAAGGUGGACGCUUUGCGUCGACAGCAAAAGUCGCUUGUGGAUAAGCUGACAGAGUUGGCCAUACAUCAACAGGAAAUGCAGGAGGAGGCUGAACGCUGCAAUCGCGCGGAGGCCUUACGCUACGAGCGGCGUCCUCCCACACCGCCUGAUGCGGCAUUUAUGACGUCUGAGCGGGCGACAGUGCAGCGGCUCCUUCGAUGGCGUCCAAAGCCAUUGGACGUAUUGAACCAUACGACGGAGUCAUCUGUGCCACUGAGGAACCCUAGAAGGUUGCCCAGUUUGAAUGCUCCUAGCAUCGGUUUCCGGCGCACCAUUUAA